GGGAGCUGCAGGUCCGUGCGCUCGUGGCGGGCCAGCAGCGUGACUGGGAGCGCGGGCGGCGAGAGGCGCCGGCACCCAGCGGGAGGAUGCCGACGGCCGCGUAGGGAGCUGGGCCAUGCCCCGGGGGGCCAGGCUGCGCACACGGCAAUGUUAUGAGUCCAGAAGCCUUGGAAAUAGUGUGGUUACAAAGUGCCUACCAAACCUGCCACCAAUGUGUCCCAGCAUUGACCAAGAGAGACCAGCUGAAAGGGACCACAUUUCUUCUAUGGGCGCUGAACUCCCAGCUACCUAUGCCUAUUACCUGUGAUGGAAGAACUUGAUGUUAAUGUGAGUUCGACUGAGGGGUUUGGUGUGGCAGAGAAGAUUGCCCUGCUCACCUUCAUAUCGGCGGUUAUACUCAUGGCCAUCCUGGGGAACUUGCUGGUGAUGGUAGCUGUAUGCAGAGACAGGCAGCUCAGGAAAAUCAAGACCAAUUAUUUCAUUGUCUCACUUGCCUUUGCGGACCUGCUGGUGUCUGUGCUGGUGAUGCCCUUUGGAGCCAUUGAGCUGGUUCAGGAUAAAUGGAUUUAUGGAGAGAUGUUCUGCCUGGUCCGAACAUCUCUAGAUGUCCUGCUCACCACAGCAUCAAUCCUUCACCUGUGCUGUAUCUCCCUAGACAGGUACUAUGCUAUCUGCUGCCAACCUCUGGUUUACAGGAAUAAGAUGACACCGUUGCGCAUUUCUCUAAUGCUUGGAGGGUGCUGGACCAUCCCAACCUUUAUUUCCUUUCUCCCUAUAAUGCAAGGCUGGAAUAGCAUUGGCAUAUUAGACUUGAUACAACAAAGACAGUUCAACAAAACUUCCAACUCAACCUACUGCAUAUUCAUGGUCAACAAGCCCUAUGCCAUUACUUGCUCAGUGGUGGCCUUCUACAUUCCAUUUUUAUUAAUGGUGCUGGCCUACUAUCGGAUUUACAUCACAGCCAGGGAGCAUGCCCACCAGAUCCAGAUCCUCCAGCGUGCAGGAGCACCCACAGAGGGAAGGCAGCACCACCCAGAUCAGCAUAGCUCUCACCGUAUGAAGACUGAGACCAAAGCUGCCAAGACCCUGUGCAUCAUCAUGGGUUGCUUCUGCCUGUGCUGGGCCCCGUUCUUUAUCACUAAUGUCGUGGACCCAUUCAUAAACUACACUGUACCUGGGCAGCUGUGGACAGCUUUCCUGUGGUUGGGCUACAUCAAUUCAGGGUUGAACCCCUUCCUGUAUGCCUUCCUGAACAAGUCUUUCAGGCGUGCCUUCCUCAUCAUUCUUUGCUGUGGGGAUGAACGAUACCGAAGGCCUUCCAUCCUGGGGCAAACUGUCCCCUGCUCCACCACCACUAUAAAUGGAUCAACACACGUGCUAAGAGCCAGGGCAUCUGUGACUCUGGAAGUUUUUAGAAGCAGAGCCUCGAGGCAAAGGUACACAGUUUUACAUAAUGGACAUCACCAGGAACAUGACAAGCUUCCCAUCCACAAUGACCCAGAAUCCCAGGAGUCCUGUUUCUAAUGAAGAUCCUGGAAGCAGAACUGCACACUUGCAUUGCCAUGUGAUUUUGGUGCAGUGGGGCUCAAAUGCAAACUCACUUGUCUGCAUUUCCAUGGGGCUUUCGCUAUUGAUUUGAUAGGAAUGGCAAACAGCAUGACUGGGGUGACAGCAGCUGAGGCUGAGUAGGGAACGCAGUGUGCAGAACAACUGAGAAGAUCUCCCUGUUGCUGCAGGAGAAUGUCUGGACUUCAUCGAUGCAGCAGAGCCUUAAUGUCAGUGCUUUACAGAGGUGUGCAAACUUUCAUCCCUGUAAAAAAGCACAUGCACACACAAGUCCUCGUGCACACCCACCCGCACAGAGACUUCUAGUUUUCUCCCAGAUGCCAUUUUUUGCUGCAUGCCGCCUCUUUGUUUUGUGGCAACAAUAUUGUGAUCUUAAAGAUUUCAGAGUCUGACUUGAAGCUAUAACAGUAAUUGCUUCCUUUGUCUGCUCAAGGACUUGGUGCUGUCAGGAGAGGUAGUGCUAGUGCUUUCUGUCUGAAAAGAAGAGGAAUUCUUCCUAGUCUAAGUUAUCUGUCAUAGUGAGACCUGUCGUUGUGAGCUGACAGUUCCUCCCAUCCAGUGUUUCCUAGAAUACAUUUUUCCAGUGAGACGCAUGACCAACACCUCUGGAAAAAGAGCCAGAGUGCAAAAAUAGCCCAUUAGCAUCUAAAAUGCAGCCUACAGGGCCAUACCAUCUUUGAUAUGGAGACAUGUCCCGCAGAAACGGCAUGUCCCAGCAAGCACAGCUCGGUAUGAGCCAGAAGACAGUAGUCUCAGUUGGUCACAUUUUCUACCUAUUAGAUGCAAUUGUCCUUAUUUGGGCAAACUUUGGGCAUCCCGUCUAUAAAAGGUAUGUUGGUUAAGAGACAUAGUCCUUAGGGAAUAUCAGUCUGUAAUAGCUCACUAAGUGCCAUGUUGAUAAAUAUAUGCCAUCUAAAGAACUUUUCUAGCUACAAUUGGAAGACAAACACUUGGGUGUUUCAGUUAUAAGAAUUAAAAAAAAAAAGCUUCAGUACUUUCAAAUGUUGUUGCCCUAUGCACUUGUCCUUUUAAAAUAAUCUCAUACCCUAGCUAUUUCCUGCAUGCAGAUAUUACUACAGUACAUUCCUUGUAAGCAGAUUCCUUCUUUGCAUGUAAAUGACAGGCAACGCGUAGAUCUAGGAACCCUGGGGGGUAUGUCUACACAACAGCUAAUAACAAACAUUAUUCCGAAAUAACAUAGUGUGCAUUUACA